AUGCGUCGCUCAAAUUCCAUCUCUUGCCAGUAUGGAGCCGAGGUCAUUAGUAUUACAUUGGUGGCAGUUGGCUCAUGGUCGAUAUCCACGAAAAUGAACGAGGGCUCGAGGCGAAUGACGUCUGCAUGGGACUUUGCAUUUGACGCAGCUGUAAUUUUCAUCACCGUCGGUGUAAUCGCCUUCGUGCUAGCUUCAGCCGGUUGCAUCGGUGCUUUGCGGGAAAACGUUGUACUCCUGAAAUUCUUCUGGAUAGUUCUGAUGCUGAUAUUCGCUAUUUUUGUGCUGACCGGUGUCAUCGGAUUCGCGCUGUGGCCAAAGUUUCAUACCACUGCCGAAAAUAAAUUGUCCGUUAAGGUCGUCAAGCGAUACUUUGACGAUACAGAUCUCAAUGAUUUCAUGGAUUUCAUUCAAGAGAAGUUCAUGUGCUGUGGUCUUUCCGAUAAAGGAUUUCAUGAUUGGAAUAUGAACUCAUAUUUCAACUGUACAGAAAAGAAUCACGACCCGAGACGGUGUGGCGUUCCUCAUUCCUGCUGCCUUCCUGAAACUCGGGUAUGUGGCUUCAAAGUCAUAUUUUUUAGCUUUCGCUUACACCAAUCCUAA